AUGGACUUCUUAGAAUUCUUGGAUUAUGUUAAAGAACAUGGAGACGAAUUCGAGAAGUUACGAGCUUCCCCUCCUUCAGCUACUGUAGUAAAGAAACGUUCAACUUUACCUACCAAACGCGCAGCCAGCGAUAAUAUUCAAGCAAAACAGAAGCGACCGAAGAGUCAAGGGGAUGGCAAAAACGCGACAUUAGAUGCGUUUGUCAUUAAAAUCCAAUCUCCCUAUUCAAACCGUGUUUCUACAGACAACGAGGGGAAUGAUAGUAAAACUUCUAUAGAACGAAUAUCUGCAGCAUCAGUGUCAGAAAAUGUGGAAAAUAACAGUUCGAAUAAAAUGGAUGCUCUCGAAACUCCCACUAAACCAGAUAAUGUUGAGAAUCUUAAGAAGGAAUCGUCUACUAUAUCACCACCAAAGGCAACUAUUGUUGGUAAGAUUUCUCAGCCAUUGGAGAUUGAUUUAACUUCUGAUACCGAGUCUCUUCACUAG